AUGCCGAUACCCCCGAAUAACGGUCGGGAGGGUUUGCGCCAACGCUUUUCAGAAGCGGCAAAAAGUGUGUCUGAGUUGUACCGUGAUGCGACUUAUUCAUAUGACGCUGGGUAUCGCGAUGCACUUUUGUUGGUACAGCGCUAUGCCCUUAUUGCCGCACGUGAGGAAGUCACCUCAUAUAACCUCUUUGGUCCCAACAACAGAGACAAUAAUGUUGACGGUGGUAGAAAUCGUGACUUUGUUGGUGGAGGUGGCGGUUUCAGUAACCGCACGAACAUUAGCGACUUCAGCACCUCUGAAGUUCCGUCAGUUACCUCCUCCAUGCGCUGGGUAACGCAGUCGUCACAAUUAUUGGACGUCAAGCAGCUCCUCUGGUUCAUACAUGAUACACUGAAGCGUCAUGAUGCUCUCAACAGCGCCUCACGCAGUUUGAACCGGAGGCGGAAGCGCUCAAACGGUUCACCAAACAACAGAAGUAAUGCUGCCAAUACAGAAGGUAGCGAGAAUGACAACAGUGGAGGCCACCGAGGCAACGUACGGGAUGACGUUGACAAUUAUGGCCGCGGGUUACCGGUUCGACGGCUCUGUUCUCCACGCCGCCAUUCGGAGGACAGAAAUGAGUUACUGUUGCUAGGGGAAGUGCGUGUGGCAGCACCAUCAGAUGUUGAUUCCAUAUUCUCGGAAGAUGACGUGUAG